AGUGGCCCUCCUGCGCGGGCGUCGGGCAGGAAAACAAACAAUGGCGGAGGACGGAGAACAGCUGGAUCGCGGCGACGACUCGCAGAAGGGCUCGGACAAGAUGUUCUCGCUGAAGAAGUGGAACGCGGUGGCGAUGUGGAGCUGGGACGUGGAGUGCGACACGUGCGCCAUCUGCCGCGUGCAGGUGAUGGACGCGUGCCUGCGCUGCCAGGCGGAGAGCAAGCAGGACUCGCGCUACGGGCGACAGGACUGCGUGGUGGUGUGGGGCGAGUGCAACCACUCCUUCCACUACUGCUGCAUGUCGCUGUGGGUGAAGCAGAACAACCGCUGCCCGCUGUGUCAGCAGGAGUGGUCCAUUCAGAGGAUGGGCAAGUAGGAGGCUCGUGUGUCGUUUCUGCGACGCGCGACUGUGAAGAAAAACACUUGUCCUACAACUAUACCUAUUGUUCGUUGGUGUGCGAUAACCCUUUUUUUAGGUAUGAUCAAUGUUACACCUAGUUUCUUUUUCCAUUAAACUCGGUAUAUCUUUGUA